CGCGUGCAGGUGUUCAUUAUCAUUGAGGAUCCAGGACUCCGGAUCCGAGCUAAACACCAAGUCCCGAUCCUAAGCGAGGCGGCGAGAUUCAAGGCCACAACGAGAUUACAACCCUCGCAUUCCUUGAUCACAAUCGAGGCCGCUAAGCGCCCCAAUCAUUCCCCUCUGGAUUCUGAUAGUUUACUAUCCCAUGAACUGAUGAUCGUUACAUUUUCUGAGGGGUGGGGAGUUUCACAUUACUUAAAGAGGGGUUAUAAAGUUAUUAGAAAUAGAAGUUUAUACCUAGUCUCGAGGUCUACACACAUAUAG